UUCGGGUACCAACCAUGUCUGCAAAAGAAGAAUUUCUUGCCGGAAUGGAAUAUUUAAGUGUUAUCACUUCGAAGAUAUUUUUGUAUCCCUUCUUGGCUAGAUCAAAAACCAAGCUUCUUUGUUAUCAUUUAAUUUGUUUUCUAAUCAUUUUUGCUUCUUUUCAACAGUUCGUUUUUUUGUGUGUUUCCAAAUUGAACAGUUUUCUUGAUAUUGUCAAUAUCGCACCAAAUAUUGGAGUUUGCGCGAUGUCCGUUACUAAAUAUAUAAAAGUAAAUAGUAACAAGGAAUUAUACAAUCAAAUAUUUGUCCAUUUCCGUACAGAUAUGUGGGACAUCGUCUCCGAAAAAUGUCCGGAAAAUUUAAAAAUUUUGAAAAGAUAUCAAGAAAUUAUAAAUUUCAUUACAAUUUGGUUUGUUUACUAUGUCGUGCCGUUGAUUUUGAUCGUUACAUCGUUCCCGAUUCUAAUUAUGUAUUACGAUAACAUGGUCCUUGGAAAGGAACUCGAGCACCGUUAUCCUUUCGAAGCCUGGUACCCUUUUGACAAAGUAAAGUGGUAUUACGCUGCUUACGCAUGGGAAAGCUUUAUUACGGGGCUUGUUGUUUGUAUUUACACAUUUUCAGACCUCAUUAAUGUAUCGUAUAUAGCUUACAUCUGCUUAGAAUUGAAACUUCUUGGUACUCAUCUGAAGGAGCUCAUAGGAGCUGAGGAUAUAAAGCAACUGAAAAGAUCACAGAACGCUACGGCUAUUCAUUACAAAAUUAGACAAAAAUUAAGGGGAAUAAUAAUAAAACAUAGUUUCAUAGCAAACAUCUCAUCUCAGCUAGACAUUGUUUUUGGUGAUAUAAUGCUUGUUAAUUACACUUUUGGAUCCGUGUUUAUUUGUCUUACUGCUUUUACGUUUACGGUUACCAACGAACUUUACAGUACUUUGCGCUGUUUUUUCUUCCUUAUUUCAUUGGUAAUUUCAAUGCUCAAUCAAUGUAUCAUAGGGCAAUGCGUAAGUGAUCACAGCGAGCAACUAGCCAAGGCUCUCUACGAUUCCAAGUGGACCUACGGCGACAGGCAAACGAGACAGUUGGUCCUUAUGCUCAUCAUGCGCAUGCAGAAACCCUUUCAGCUUACCGCUAAGGGAUAUAUCGCCAUGAAUCUUGAUACGUUCACUACUAUUUGCAGCACAUCUUAUCAAUUCUUCAAUCUUCUUCGCACUAUGUAUGAUCCUAAAGCAAAUUAAAUCGGCGCUUGUAUUUCAAACCUCACCGAAGUAAGCAUAGUAGCAUGCACUGUAUGCAGACAUAAAAUAAACAAAAGCAAACAAGUAGCAGUAUGUUUAAUGUGUUUUAUUUGAAAAUGCAUUUUUGUUUUACCAAUAUGUAAUUAUAGUUAAUAAUAUAGCUGACAUUCAUUCGUCGGCAUAGAAGUAUUUUACAACCCAUUUUCAUCUUCUUACAAAAUGAAAUUCUUACUUAGAAAAAUUAUACAAUACAUAUUAGUUUCCUAACGUUAUUAUUAUUACACCCACUGUAUCCCGGUUCGAGACUUAGAGCAUUUAAUAACUGGAGUGGCAAUUGAGAGCUUACCCCUCUGCUGAAAAACUUGCACAACUGUGCAAACUCUUGUAUGGACUGACAUGGCCAUUUGUAAGUUUCGUACAAACAUGUAGAAAUAGCUACAUUUGACGUCCCCUCCCCCGCAAAAAUCGGCAGACUUUAGAACCUUGUAUUUUAAUUACAUGAUUUUAAAAGCCGCUGUCACUAGGUUAAUUUACGCAUGUAGCUGACUUUCACGGCACGGGCAUAGCCUAGUGUGGAAGUGGUCGAUAAUCUGCAUAGUGUAUUUAAAUAAUUGUUCUUGGUUGUUAUUUUAAAGGUAUAGCCUAUCUCGUAUAUUAUAUUUGCUUCUCGAAAUUUCAUUUUGACAUUCCCUUGUUUUUGCUAGAAAAAAUCUGCGUUCAGUAAUUAUCUUUGAUAUCAUUUUAGUGUCACGACUUUGUUUUGUUUUAUGACUAAAACGACAUGUUAUUUAUUGAUAAUUUCUCACGAAUAAUUUUACUAGUGAGUAUAAUUAUUUUUUUAUGAAUUUCCUUAUAUAAAUACUCAUGAUAACGACACAUAAACCCACAUUGGCUUCACUAGAGGAAGAUAACUUGACAAAAGAUGAUGCUCACUAUGAAACAUUUGGUUUUACUUGCCUUAUUGGUGACGCCAUUACUUGCUAAACCAAUAAUUUGUAAGUACCUAUUACAUACUAAGUAAUUUAUUUUGCUUAAAUUGAAAAUUGUACCUAACUGUAUCGAAAUCCAAAAUUGUUCCAUUCAUAUGUUUGUUGUGUACCUGCAAUGCAAUCCUAAACUUGUUAUUGCACACCUUAGAUAGUUUAAUCACUACUAAUACCUAAUAUGAAAUUGUUUAGUAGCUUUUAUGUACCUAUAGUUGAUUUUUUUAUAAUUAGAAAUAAGGUAAACAAUCUUGAUGUGUCUUUUAAUUGAAAAACACAUUUUAAAAAUAAAUUACGGCAAAUAUGUAACAAUUAUGAAUCUAAUACGAUCAUUUAUAUUCUCCUGCUUUCAUAAGUAGAUAAUAGUUUAUGAUUUUUAAAAAGCGUUUUUUAAUUAAAAGACAUGUCAAGAUCGCUUACCUUCUUGCAAGUUCUUUCUAAUGCUAAUAAAAACGAACUAUAAGUGUAUUCUAUAACUGUUCUUUUUUUAGCAGCCGGCGGCGAAGAUGAGAUAGACAAGAAUGGUGAUAACAAAAACAAAACUGAUGAUGAUAAUAUAGAUGAUGGUGGUGACGAUGAUAAAAAAGACGGCUAUGAUAAUGAUGAUGACGAUGAUGAUGAUGAUGACGAUGAUGAUGAUGAUGAUGAUGACGAUGAUGAUAAAAAAGACGAUGACGAUGAUAAAUUUUGGAGUACACUGAAAAAUUGGCUGCUUGCCGGUUAAUGGUAUACCCAAACCAAACAAUAUCGAGUAAAUAAUGUAUUAAUUUUAAAAAACGGAGACAUUAAAUCAUACAUCUACGAGUAGAAUAUAUACCUAUUUACUGGACUGCAAACUUGCCAGUUCCAAAAAACGUGCCGAGCAAGAUAGCUCGAGGGAGAAUUCUGUAUCUUUCUAUUAGGGUGAAUGUUGCCACAGCUAAGCAAAACAUGUAAACAUUCUCAUUAAUAUUUGUCGUAAGUAAGAGGUUCAUGCAAAUAAUUGCCUAAGAAGCUUUUUUCCUGUAAGUAUAGCAACAUUUAUAAAGGUAUCCCUUAGUCUCACCCUCGGCGCUUUUUUCUGCUUUGUGCCGCGUUCCGCUUAUAAAACGAAAUUAAACUCAAGCGUUGUUGAAAUAGACUGCAUUGUAUUUACCGACAUUUUUGACAGUACAUACCUACUUGUUUGAUGAAUAUCGCUGGUAACUUCCAAUAUGAUGAAUGAAAAAAAACAUAUAAAUAGAGCUUAAGAAAGACAUUAAAUGAAAACUUUAGCGAACAUGAUCAAUUUAGACGUUUUUGAGCUAUCGCAAAAAGUCUCCCCUUCUUAGUAAAAAGACGUA